ACAAAAGCUUGCAAAUAUUAAUUGAAAGAUUACGUCAGGAACGAGAGAAACAAAGAAAGAAAGAGUAAACCAGCACAACGGCCGCCUACAAGAAUGUUAAUGACUGGAUAAGUAAGAAGAAAUAAGAAAAACAUAGAAUGCCAUUGUUAAUGUUGUAAAUUGAACGGAGGGAAUCACACGUAUAUAGCUCAAAUUGAACGCGAUAAAUCAGCAGAAAAUGAUGCAACACACCAUGACGAAACGCAAGACGUUAAUAUUUGCUUGCUUCGGUAUUGCCAUAGGUCUCUGUAUUGGCACCGUUUUAAAAAAUUAUCGAGCAUUGGAAAUCGUUAAGCGUUGUCAAAUGAAGCCGAGCAAUCAAAAAACUCCAUUCGAGAUAAUUGGUCUUAAUCCAGAGGAAACUAUACAUAAUUCUCAGAAAACGUUAGUAUUAGUUGGUGUUAUGACGGCUAAAAAUUUUAUAGAAGGUCGAGCAAAAGCUGUUUACAAUACAUGGGGUAAAGAAGUACCCGGGCGAAUAGCAUUUUUUAGUUCGGAAGGAUCACAUUCUGACGAGUUGCCAGUAAUCGGUCUAAAAAAUGUCGAUGAUCGUUAUCCGCCACAAAAGAAAUCCUUUAUGAUGUUAUAUUAUAUGUACGAACAUUACAUUGAUAAAUUUGAAUGGUUUAUACGAGCGGACGACGAUGUUUACAUUGAGCCCCAGAAAUUGGAAAAGUUUUUAAGAUCAAUUGAUAGUUCAAAGCCGCAGUUUAUCGGUCAAGCCGGUAAAGGAAACAGUGAAGAAUUUGGUUUGUUAUCCUUAGAAUUUGAUGAAAAUUUUUGCAUGGGCGGUCCCGGCGUUAUACUAAGUAGUGAAACGUUAAGGAGAGUCGCGCCUCAUAUACCUACUUGCCUAAAAAAUUUAUAUAGCACUCACGAGGAUGUGGAAGUUGGACGAUGCGUUCAAAAAUUUGCUGGCAUACCCUGUACUUGGAAUUACGAGAUGCAGUAUAUCUUAAGGCACAAUUCCAGUGGCCGUACAGCGUACACUGGCAAGCUGAAACGUAAGGAAAUCCAUAACGCCAUUUCAUUGCAUCCAAUUAAACAAGCUCCUCUAAUGUAUCGUCUGCAUUCUUUUGUGCAGGGUUUGAAGGCGGAAGAAAUGCGUCAAGAAUCUUUACAAUUAAAUCGCGAUAUUAAACGCAUGGCCAAAUAUCUAGAAAUCCCCGAUGAUAGCAACUUUUUAGUGCCUGGCAUUUUAUUGAUACCGAAAGAGGAAAAUGGCAAACGACACUUUCAGGAUCAUAAUAUAUUGGGUACAAAUCCUGAUUUGAAUAAAUUUGUACCGAAAAGUCGCGAUGAUCUCUUAGAGUGGUCAUUUGUAGCACGCAGUCUAUAUUCAACCGAUCAUGCCAAUCCUAAGCAUAAAAUUGAUUCAGCUAUACGUGAAGGUCUUGAAGAUGUUAUAACCGAAGUCAUGGAAAACAUAAACAACUAUUCAAGGCAACGAGGAAGAGUCAUUGAAUUUCGUGAAUUAUUAUAUGGUUAUACCAGAUUAAAUGCACUACAUGGUCAGGAUUUAAUCUUAGACUUGUUAUUAAUUUAUAAAAAAUAUCGAGGUAAGAAGAUGACUGUACCAGUACGAAGACACUUAUAUGUGCAACGGGCUUUUACUGGAAUAUUCGUUAAAGAAUUUGAUGAGGACUUCUAUAACGUGACUUUGCAGAAAAGUCUAUUUCAAAAUAUUUUAGAUACGGGUAUGGAAAAACUAACAAGUCAUCUAUCUUUGCCUGUUCUUAUGGGUGGAGGUGGUACAUCAGGUUUGCAAGAUGUGGAUAUGACUUUCACGCAUGAAAGUUUACAACGAAUACGUAUGAAUACUAUGCAAGGUCAGCAAGUGUAUUUGCCUAUUGUUUUUAGUCAAUAUGAUCCCCGAAGGCGUACAAAAACUGUAGAUUCUAAGGUCGUUUCUCCAGACGACCUUGAAAUAAAUAACGAAACUGGUUAUUUUAGACAAUAUGGUUUUGGCAUUUGCUCAAUUUUUAAAUCAGAUAUUAUGGAUAAAGAUAUAAACGGUUUUGACAAAGAUAUAACUGGUUGGGGUUUAGAAGAUGUUAAAUUUUUGGAGAAACUUGUAAAAGUUGGUCAUCGUCAAAAUGCAUUUAUGAUUAACACUGCCGAAGUUGCACCCGAUUAUAAUGAACAAGCUUCCAAAAUGCGCCGAUUAAAUAUAUUUCGUGCACCUGAUCCUACUUUAGUUCAUAUAUAUCAUGAUAUUAAUUGCGACCUACGCCUAGAACCGCCACAAUACAAUAUGUGCUUAGGUACGAAAGCUAACUCGUUAGGAAGCACUCCAUUAAUAGAGGAACUAUUUUUCAAUAAUCCUGAAAAUAUUGCAUUUAUGGCUGAUUACAAUAACAAAAAAGAACAACAAUCGCCAAUGAGAUAG